AUGUGUUGUUUCUGUUUGUGGCUUUUCUUUAAUAUUUUAUAUUUUGUUUAUUCCAACAAUAUUUAAUUCUUGGUAGAAAUUAAAAAUAAUAAAAACUGGAAUAAUGUCAGAAAGUGAUAAGGUUGAAGUUGGGGAACUUUGUAAGUUUAUAUUCAAAAAACGUACUGUUAAAUGCCAGGGUAUGAGGAAACGACCAUCAAAUUCUAGCUCUGAAGAAGAUUCUGCCAAAUCAUCCACCACUAAGGAAAAGCAUAGCAUAUCAAAAAUUACGAGUUCGUCAAAAAAAAAGUUCAAAGCCAACCCAAACAUUCAAACGUCAAGUGGAAAAAAGACGAAAGAAAAAGGAAUCAGCGAUUCAGACUCUUCCGACAAUGAUGUAAUGGUUAGUUACAAGUCCAAAAGAUCGGCAAUGGCGGAAGGUCCUCAAGAUCAAGGAGCCACGGCUAUUUUAGAGAUUGAAACAGAAAAAGACAGAGAUGCUCAGGCGAUUUUUCAAAAACAACUCGAAAUUAAUAAGGAAUUAGAAGGGAAGGAAGAUGAUAAGGUUUAUAGGGGGUUAAAUAAUUAUCAGCAAUUUUAUAAGCCCAAGGAUACUGCAGCUGGAAAUGCUAGUUCAGGUAUGGUCAGGAAAGGUCCAAUAAGAGCCCCAGACAAUAUCAGAACGACUGUGCGCUGGGACUACCAACCGGACAUCUGUAAAGACUACAAGGAAACAGGUUUUUGUGGUUUCGGCGACAGUUGUAAGUUUUUGCAUGACCGCAGUGACUACAAACAUGGCUGGCAAUUGGAAAGGGAGUGGGAAGAGGGUACAUAUGGCGCUGAUAGUGACGAUGACAAAAAAUAUGAAAUCGACUCUGAUGAAGACAAAGUUCCAGUCGAAUGUGUAAUUUGCAGGAAACGUUUUGUGGAUCCUGUUGUGUCAAAAUGUCAACAUGUAUUCUGCGAAAAGUGUGCCCUGGAGCACUACAAAAAAACGACCCGGUGCUUUGUUUGCAAGGCUCAAAUUACUAUAUUCAAUCCGGCCAGAAAUGUUAUUGCUCGCCUUAAAACCUUGGAGAAUGAAGACAAUCCUAAAAAAGAAGAUUCAUCUGACGAUGAUUAAGAUCAACUUAUUGUCUUUUUUUGUAAAUAUGUAGUCAAUAAAUGAUUAUAAAAUCUAUGAA